AUGUGUUUAAAAUGGCGUCACAGAUUUAUAAGUGCGCUAUCGAAUUGUGCGCUGAUGAAGAAAAUUAAAAUCGCUGUCAGAAAGUGGCGGAGGAUGCGCCUCUUCCGUAAACGAGAUGAUCAGUCGUUGACUCGGCAAGCAUCUACCGAUCCUGUGGCUUCGACAUCUGCAACACCUCUACAUUCAGCGAGGCCGCCAGUGGAGCUACUUCAGCUGGAACCAGACGAAGGCCAGCGCUUUAGAGAACAGCAGUUACGACAAUACGCUUUCUUUCAGCUCAGGAUACAUUUAAAACGAGGACAAAACCUUAUAGCUAUGGACAAAAAUGGUUUGUUGUCAGGCACAAGUGACCCCUACGUCAAGUUCAAAGCGGGAGGGAGGCUGCUUCACAAGUCAAGAAUUGUUUACCGGGACCUGAACCCAGUCUGGGACGAAUGCUUCACGGUACCUAUUGAAGAUCCAUUCCAGCCUGUUCAGUUGAAGGUCUUCGACUAUGACUGGGGCUUACAAGACGACUUUAUGGGCUCCUGUUAUCUAGAUUUAACCGCUCUGGAGCUUGGAAGAUCACAAGACUUGGUGCUGUGUUUGCGAGACCCCAACAAGCUCAACCAGGAUAUGGGGGAGAUCGUGAUGAAUGUCACCUUGUACCCUAAGUCACAGGAGGACAAAGAUCAGUCGGCAGAAGUUGGACCUAUCGUUAAGGAUGUCUCGGCUUGCGUAUUGCCAGAUAAGUGUGACUAA